AUGGCUACAGGACUGCCAUCGGGCUGGGAGGUCCGCCACUCCAACAGCAAAAACCUGCCCUACUACUUCAACCCCAGCACCAAGGAAUCGAAAUGGGAGCCGCCCAACGACACCGACAGCGAGACACUCAAACACUACAUGGGCCAGUACCACACGGCCAACCUGGGCGGCAGCGGCGCCGCCAACGCAACCAACCUCGACGGCAAGAUACGCUGCGCUCAUCUCCUGGUCAAGCACCGCGACUCACGCCGACCCUCCUCCUGGCGCGAGGCCAACAUCACGCGCUCCAAGGACGAGGCCAUGGAGAUCAUCCGCGCCCACGAGCAACGCAUCAAGACCGGCGCCGCUAGUCUCGGCGACGUCGCGACGACGGAGAGCGACUGCAGUUCCGCGCGGAAGCGCGGUGAUCUUGGCUUUUUCGGCAAAGGUGACAUGCAGAAGGAAUUCGAGGAGGCCUCUUUUGCGCUGAAGCCGACGGAGAUUUCGAACGUGGUCCAGACCGCCUCCGGGCUGCAUCUGAUCGAGCGGUUGGAGUGA